CUUCUUCGCAAUUACCCACAGAAUUGAGAAAAAUACAAAACAAGAUUUCAAAUAGGAAAAAAAAAUAUAUCUUUUAUUUCGAAUUCUCUUCCGUAUGUGAGAAGUUUCUUUCACAAAUUCAUCUCUCGAAAAGCUUGCUUCGUCAAUCACUCACAGACACUGCACUCAAUCGGUUACUUUUACAGUUGCAGCUACUCGGUGGACUCGUUUAUCAGUCACUCUCUCUGCCUUUAUGUAUGGACGUGGAGGAAGUUUCAAGUUUCGUGGUGUUAGUGUUUGUAUACUGGAGGUGCAUGUGAACUUUCCAUGGAAACGUUGGUUGGAAUUGAGGAUAAUGACGAGGGGAAGCUUGAAGACAGUGGCGUAGAUAGAAGUAGCUCUGCUUUGUCUUCACCAAAGCAGAUUGCCAACCCAGUUGUGUACAAGCUCGUGCGGGUUGAAGGUGAUGGGAGGUUAGUUCCUGCAACAGAUGAUGAAUUAAUUGAGGUGGAGGAUUUCCUUGAGUAUGACCAGAUUGAAAUGGGUGUUGAUGUGGACACUGCGCUCCAUGAAGGAUGUUCAUCAAUUGAAAGGUCUUCCUCUGAGAAGCUUCAAUUGGAGUGCUCAGAAGAUACUGCAGAGGCAGAUCCAGAGAAGUUAAAUGCACGACUUCAGUAUAUUGAGCAGAUGUUGCAGAAGGUCAAGGAGGAAGAGAAGCUUCAUUUGGCCUGUGGAUCUCCUGGUCUUUCCUAUGUAAAUGUAGACAGCCAGUGUUCGGCUGCUGAUUUGCCUGUCAUGGAUGGGAUAAUUCAGUGUGAUACUUCCUUCCAGGAAAUUAUUCCUUCUUCAGCACCAUCUUUAAAUAACAGUCAUAGUAAUCAAUCACAAAAUAUUGGUGGGUGUUCUAGACCUUCGGAAGGACAAAUAGAAAGUGGAUUAUCUACCUCUGCUGUCUAUUGUGAUUUGAAGCCUGAUUUUUCUAUGAUAAAAGGAGAAAUAUGCUUGGACAAGUUAUCAAUUAGAGAACUUCAUGAACUAUUCAAAGUGACUUUUGGUCGGGAAACUACUGUGAAAGACAAGCAGUGGCUGAAGAGGAGGAUUGCCAUGAGUUUAACUAACUCAUGUGAUGUUUCAGCAACAACUUUCAUAGUUAAAGAUAACAAGUUAGUUAGAAAAUGUGAGGAAGGUAUUGAUGGAAAUGUGGAUGCUGUCCUCUUCAAGGAUACUACUGCUGGAGAAGAGGAUAUCAACUGUAGGGAUUUAUCAUGUGCUGAGGGUAUUGGAAAUGAAAAUAAUCAAGUUGUUUCUGGAAAGAGACUGAGAAGUCAUAAUGGGGAACAUGAUUUGUGCAGUGAGAGUCUUCAGACAGAACAAAGAGCUGCCAAAAGAAUCCGUAAGCCCACUAGGAGAUAUAUUGAAGAGCUCUCUAAAAAUGAGUCCAGGGACCACAAUCCUAGGUUAUUAAGUUCAAACAGAAGUGCGGAACUUGGGCAUGUCUCUCCAAACUCAUACAAUGGUUCUGCUAGGAAUGUUUUUUCAGAGGGAAGAACUAUUGUAACUAGGUUUGACUCUCUGGGAGGUUUGGGAAUUUACAUACCUUGUGUUUCCCGAAUUCGAAGAUGUCGUCCAAGGAAAAAUAUCAUGCCUCUUAUGGUGAGCGGUGCUGUUUCAUUUCAAAUUAAUGAUAUGAUUCCGUCCCAGAAAUUUCAUCAAAGCAGUGGCAUGGUUGAGGUUGCCAACUUAAGCAAUGAGGCCUUUGGAGAGCAUGGUUCUCAAGAAGAUGAGGGUAGGGACAAAGUCUUAAAAUCCAGAUCCACAUCUUCAAAAUUUCAGCAGCGAUCUGCUGUUGAGCAGAAAGAUGAACAAUCUCCACUACUGGACAGAAUUGAACCACGACAGGAAUCAAGACUGAGAAAGGCAGAUCUAUCUAGCUAUAGUUCAGAUGACAACAUAGUGACUGUCCCCACUUCAAAAGGUGGCAUGAGAAGAAAACAUCAUAGAGCCUGGACCCUUGUUGAGGUGAUGAAAUUGGUUGAAGGUGUGUCACGGUGUGGAGCAGGGAGAUGGUCAGAGAUCAAACGGCUUUCCUUUGCUUCUUACUCAUAUCGUACGUCUGUUGAUCUUAAGGAUAAGUGGAGGAAUUUGCUUAAAGCUAGCUUUGCGCAGGCAGCUUCAGAUGAGGGUGUGAACUCGAGGAAGCAUGGUACCGUCCCUAUUCCUGAGCCAAUUUUAGUACGAGUAAGAGAGCUUGCCGGAAUGAAUUCUCAGGUACCUACGAGCUUCAGCUCAAGCAAACUAACAGCCUGUACUGGGGUUGCUCAUGAUGAUAGGUCAGGGUACUUGUAGCCUUGUAAAUAAUACCAGUUUUAGUUGUCGGCCCAUAAAAAUAAGAAGCUAACUCUUGCACCGCCUUAAACCGAAUCCUAUCUUGGAUGGGUGCUUGGAUCCAUGAAGUCUUGUAGGCGUUAAGAAAUUGUCCAGAAGUGUAAUGUACUGACACGAUCAUUAGUUUUGUCUUAUGUUAGUUCUUCACUGUAAAUCUGUGAUCUUGGAAAUACAUGCAUUUGUCAGUGGCGUGUCCCCUGAAAAAUGUAGUUAGAUGAAGUACUGAAGAGAGAGAACUUGCGCGAGUAUCUACCAGUUUUCAAUUUCAGUUUCUUUCUCAUGUUACUGUAAAAGGUCAUGAGUUUUUCUAGCACUCGAUAUUUAUCAAUCAAUGCUAUUGCACUAUCAUGUUUA